CUCACUGAGAGAGAGAGAGAGAGAGAGAGCCACCAAUGUCGAACCACCAAGACGACCUGGACCUCCUUCUCUCCCUCCAAGAGAGAGUUUUGGAAACCCCUCCUGGUUCUCCUUCACCCCAUUCACCAGGGUAUCUUUCGGAUGAGGGAUCGCCGAGGCGAGCUGGGCAGGCGGACAUGUCCGUCUUCAGAAAUGCUGUGCAAGACUGCCUUGAUUACGAGCCCAAGCCGGUUCAGAAACCUGGAAGAUUGAAGGGGUCCAAGGCCUCUAAUGAUGCUGAGGUUGAUAAAUUCUCGGGCUUGCGAAUAAGGAAACAAUUGGUCAGCCCAGCAGAGCUCACCGAGCGGUUUUCAGACAUUCGAUUUGUUCGGUUAUCAACGAUAAAGAAUUUGUUGGUAGGGGACACUCUAUCGGGCUCUUGGGCAACUGUUGGAGUGUUGACUGAGAAGGGGGCUCCAAAGACCAGUUCUACGGGGAAGAACUAUUGUAUAUGGAAGGUUGGAUGUCUGGAUGAAAAUACUGUUUCCCUUUUCUUGUUUGGUGAUGCUUAUCAGAAGAACUCGAAAGAGCAGGCUGGAACAGUCUUUGCAUUGUUCAAUUGUACUGUACGCAAGGAUGCAAUGGGUACGGGUUUUUCUUUGAGUGUGUAUUCUUCUAGUCAAAUUUUAAAGAUUGGCACUUCAGCCGAUUAUGGAGUUUGCAAGGGAAAAAGGAAGGAUGGGAUGCUGUGCACACUAGUCAUAAAUAAACGCAGUGGGAUAUAUUGUAAAUAUCAUAAAUCGAGAGCAUCAGAGAAAUAUAUCACAACGCGAACUGAGCUCAAGGGAGGGAAUCUAAGAACUGCAUUUAGGGAUUCUCUCAACUCCGAAGGGAUUUACAUGGUUGAUCCUUUAGCUGACAGGACAAACUUCAAAAAGCCCAUGCAGCCAUUAAAAUUACUGUCUGUAGAAGGACUUAAAAAGGCAUUGAGUAAUGCAGGUAAAGUGACUACAAAUGCACACUCACAAGGGAUAAGGUUUCUUACUGAAAUUACAGGGAAAAUGGGUUCAAAAAGCACAAAUAAAGAAUCGAUAAUGCCAAAGCAACCCGUAAACAUCUCAGAGAAAAGGAAAUCAUCUACCAUGAAAGCAGAAUCAUCUGUAAUGAGAAAUCAGCAACUGGACGCGAAAAGAAAUAAAACCGAGCAGCAGGGGCAAGGAGUGGUAGACAAAACCAAGCAGAAUACGGGAAAGUUGAUUGAGUUAGAUUUUGUCAGUUCAGAUGAAGAAUUGUGAGUGUCCUUUGUUAAGAUCUAAUUCCUUGGUGGUUGCAAUUCCAUUUAUGGGAGGUGGCAUCACAGAACUAUGGAUUUAUAUUUGAUGGUUGUGUACUGCGGCUCCUAAAAGAUGCAAUUUGGUGGAAAUAUCUAUCAGUGAAAAUGGAUAUCCCUCGUAUAUACAAUAAAGCGUUUAGUCCAGUGAGGGAAAGAAUUGAGAAAGUUGCAGUCUCCUGUAAGAAUUGAGAAAGAAUUUGCUUUCCUUUGAUGUUGGACCUAUUUAAUGUAUGAAUCGAAAAUUUAAUGUU